UCCCCACCCACACUGCCAUCUCUCUCUCUCUCCCACCAGUGGCUGUCAUCAUGGACACAGGCCUGAACAAGUCCGACUUCUCCGGCAAUCACUGGCUCUUCUUCUCCGUGUACCUCUUCACCUUCCUGGUGGGGCUCCCCCUCAACCUGGUGGCUCUGGUGAUCUUCAUAAGCAAGCUGCUGCGCCGCCCGGUGGCCGUGGACAUACUUUUGCUGAACCUGACCCUCUCGGACCUGCUACUGCUGUUCUUCCUGCCAUUCCGCAUGGUGGAGGCGGCCAGUGGCAUGCACUGGACCCUGCCCUUCAUCUUCUGCCCCUUCUCCAGAUUCCUCUUCUUCACCACCAUCUAUCUCACUUCCCUUUUCCUGGCAGCUGUGAGCAUCGAACGCUUCCUGAGCGUGGCCUACCCACUGUGGUACAAGACCCGGCCAAGGCUGGUGCAGGCUGGCCUGGUCAGCGGAGCCUGCUGGCUCCUGGCCGGUGCACACUGCAGCGUGGUCUACGUCACUGAACUCUCAAGGAACUCCUCCUACAGCGAGGAUACCUGCUACCUGGAAUUCCAGGAGCACCAGCUGACUGUUCUCUUGCCUGUCCGGCUGGAGCUAGCUGUGGUGCUUUUUGGGGUGCCUCUGCUCAUCACCAGCUACUGCUACAGCCACCUAAUAUACUUGCUCAGUAAGGGAGCCAGCCGUCAUCGGCGGAAGAGAGUGACAGGGCUCGUAGCAGCCACGCUGUUCAACUUCCUCGUCUUCUUUGGGCCCUACAACGUGUCCCAUGUUGUGGGCUACAUUCAGGGUCAAAGCCCGAGGUGGAGAAGUUACGUGCUGCUCCUCAGUACCCUGAAUUCCUGUGUUGACCCCCUGGUCUACUAUUUCUCAUCAUCUGGGUUCCAAGCUGAAUUUCAGGGGCUGCUGCAGAAGCUGACUGGGGCCCGAGGCCCUUGGAGGCAGGAGGGCAGUGUGGAAGUACAGGAGAAGAGUGGAGGCGAGGGGCAGCUUCAGGAGCUGUCUGACCUAGGGAACAGGUAGUGGACUCUAGGAGGGCUGUGGAGCGGGCGGCCAAGCGGCCUGGAAGGAAAGACAUAUCACCCACAGGGCCGUUCCUAGGUGAAGUCAGGCAGUACCUGGGAGCGGCAGGCUGGGGAUUGUUGCAGCCGGAGCAGAGCAGGUACCCAGCCUUCCGAAGCAGAUGCUCACCAAGCCCAACUCUUGAUUUCACCCCACUGUCCUCCCUUCCCAUCCCCCCACAUGCUCUAGCUUAGGCUCUGGGAAGUAGUCAAGGUGAGAGAGAGCUCUGGAGAAAAAUGAGCUCCCCGUGGCAGCAGGCCAGCUCCUGUGCUUUACUGAAGGGAAGGAGUUGAGAGCAGUGUCCAGAGUUUGAGGGGACUUCCCAGUGACUUGGGACCAGACAGAAGGAGAAUCUACCCUUCCGAGCUGCUGACCUGGUAGAUCAGGGGUAGGGGACACAGGACUCCAGGCACAGGGAACAUCCUGCCGUAACAUGAGCUUUUCCAGAAAGUUUCCAUUGUUUAAUAAACUCAGAUUUUCAGGGACAUUUAUGAAAAAGAAACAGAACAGAAGAACAGAAAUUACCUAAAUAAAUCUGAUAGCAAGCAAAAGAGAAUGGUCUUUCCUUAUUCUGUUUUCUUAUGGUGUAUGUGGGUCAGGUAUGGAAUUGGUGGAUGGAAGGAU